AAAUUCGUAUAUUUAUUAUAAACGGGCCCAAAGGCAACCGCCCCUGGGUUGGCAAUGGGGAUGAAAGUGAUUACAGACUGGCAGGUCUGUAAGGUAUUUGGCGCGUCAUCUAUAACGCACUGACAGAAGAGAAUCCAAACCUGUAAGAGACACACCACAACAGAAACACUCACUCGAUGAGCAAGAUCUUGGCAAGAGUCUCUCGACAAGUACUCGAUGCAAAUGUGUUCAGUUGUUUUUUCUCUCAUUACGUGAUAGUUUUUCAAACAAGAAUUUUAAUCAAAGAAAUAUAAACCUGCUAAAGAUCAGAAUGUUGCAGCGACUAAUGACACGUGGAGUGACAAUCUGUAGAAGGCACUUGCCCAAUGGCAGGGAAAGGAUUACUGCACUCUCAGGACGGUCAUUUGGCAUUAAUACUGAUAGUCCCAGCUAUAAAUUGAAUUCUGAAGACUGUUCGGGAACCCUAGCAGAUGUUGUGAGGAAGAUACGUGAACGAAAUGGAGUAGAGAUAGGCUACCACUCCAUACCGAAACCACGAGAUCAUCUAUUGAAGUUUCAACCGAAGUUCGAGGAUUUGCCAGCGCGAAGCAUGAUGGACUCCUUUACGACGGCAGUGCUGCCGCUUAGCUCGGAUGAGGUAAUCCGUGAGCGUUAUAUUAAUCACUUGGGUCGCGUACGAUUGGGACGCAUCAUGGAAGAGCUGGAUAUGUUUGCCGUCUGGCUGUGCCAUCGUCAUGUCCAGUUGCCAGAUCUACCCAAAGAUGUGCCACUGCCAUAUACAUUUGUCACCCUGUUGGUUGACAAGGUGGAGUUCUUCAAUAUCGAGCAAUUGAAGGCCAAUCAGGAUAUUUCAUUCAGCGGUCAUGUCUCAUGGACGGGUCGUAGCUCCAUGGAGAUAACUAUAUAUGUCAGACAAUUGACUGGUGGCCAUUAUAUCGAUGUGACCAAGGCCCUGUUCCUGAUGGUUGCUCGAAAUGCUACCAACACGGGGCCGGCGCCGGUUAAUCCUCUCAAACCAAUUGGCGAGCUUGAAGAGUUGGCCUGGAAAGAAGCAGAUCUAAGGCAAAAACAACGUCGCGAGACCCAAUCAGAAUCCGUGUUCAAUUCACCGCCCAGGGAACACGAACAGACCAUCAUGUAUGGGCUACUGAAGAGGACCACACCACCCGACAGCAUGGAUCUGAAUAGACGCAUAUUGCCAGCAAAAUGCCGUUGGAUGGAGAAUUCCCAGCAGACUUCAAUGUUAUCUCCAUUUCCGGAAAACCGCAAUGCCCAAAACACAAUCUUUGGAGGCUACAUCAUGCGAGAAGCUGUCGAGAUUAGCUUCAUUAUGGCGAGCAUCUAUGUAGGCGGACGACCCAUUCUAAAAUGCAUCUCAGACAUUAGUUUCAUGAGUGCCGUUAAGGUGACUUCAUUUCUCCAGAUGACUGCCUAUGUGGUCUAUACGGCGCAAAACUAUUUACAAGUAAUGACGGUGGCCCAUGUCUGGGACACGCAGAGCGGCGAGGACAAGACCACCAAUGUCUUCUAUCUCACCUAUAAGGCAGACAAGAUUGUUGAUGAGGUUCUACCGCGUUCAUAUCGUGAGAUGCUUUGGUAUGUUCACGGCAGACGCAAACUCUUGGCGGCCCUCAAUCUUCAGCCCACCUACGAUCUCCCAGCGGAGGAGUCCUCAAAUGAAUCGGGAACGAAACUCAAUACUGUAAAUAAAUCUUAGUACACUUCAUCAUCUUAA